AACCGACCGAACCGAACCGAUGCUCUCCCCUACCCAAUAGAGUAUAAAAUUGAGAGUUUGAUUUGUUUUUUUAAAAACUGUUAACGCAAAUCAGAAAAUCACCAAAGAGGUCGAGAAAUGGCGUCGAGGUAUGAGGAGAAAGAUUUCCUUGCUUGCUGCGGGAGCACCAGAUUUGCCAGAGAAAUGGCCUCAGCCGCUCCCUUCUCCGACUGCGCCGCCGCCGUAACUGCUGCCAGAGACAUCUGGUUCAACAAGGUCAAUAUAAACGGGUGGCUCGAAGCUUUCUCUGCUCAUCCCCAAAUCGGCCAUAUGCCGUCGCAGAAUCAUAAAAGCCCCACUAGUGCACAGUGGAGCGAGGGAGAGCAGGCAACAGCUCUAGCCACUGCCACUGGUUCUAGCUUGCAGGAACUAAACGAGUGGAAUGCUCGGUACAUGGAGAAGUUUGGAUUUGUCUUCUUGAUAUGUGCUUCUGGAAGAAGUACUGCCGAAAUACUUGCUGAGUUGAAGAGACGUUAUGAAAACAGACCUAUUAUUGAGUUUGAAAUAGCUGCCGGGGAGCAAAUGAAAAUAACUGAGUUACGGUUGGCCAAACUCUUUUUAGCUGAAGUAGAUUGCGCCACUGUGUCUAAAGCCCCUCUAUAUACAGAUGCAUCUAAAGUAGAAGAAGAUCGUGUGAACAUCAUCGGAUCACAUUUGAUAGGUAGAACUGGCAGAGGUCAAACAGAGAAACCACUGUCUCAUCUUCCACAAAGGACGCGUCCUCCCAUCACAACUCACAUUCUUGACGUUGCACGCGGUUGCCCUGCCAAUGGUGUUGAAGUGCUAUUGGAGGUGUGGAAAGGAAACUUCCGACCUGGGCCCCACUCUGGCAAAGCUGAUCAAGGUGGUUGGAUACCCGUAGGGUCCUCGGCUACAGACAAAGAUGGCCGGUCCGGUCAGUUGAUGGGAUUGGUUGAGGAGUUGGACCCGGGAGUGUAUCGGAUCAGCUUCGACACGGGGAAGUAUAAUCCUGAAGGGUUUUUCCCCUUCGUCUCCAUUGCGUUUGAGGUUAGGGAGUCUCAGAAAUGGGAGCAUUUUCAUGUUCCUCUCUUGCUUUCCCCAUUCUCAUUCUCCACUUAUCGUGGGAGCUAAGUAAUUGUGAUGGCUGUUGUGUUGAUUAACAUUGUGUUUAAGAUAAACGAAUCACUUAUGUUACUCAAAAUAAAGGCUUAUGGAUGAAUAGUUUUAUUAAGAGCCCAAAUAUUUGGUCUUUUUAGGAUUACGCACCAAUAUUUUGUAUUUCUCCAUUCCAAUUUAAGUUGCCUGUUCAUUAUUUCACAGAGUCAAAUUUAAUUUACUUUUUUACUUACUCAUUUGAGAAAUUAAUAUAGUUAUGUCUCCUCU